CUCGUGCACGGCGGGGCAAGGAAGAUAUGGAAAAUGGGAUGGAUGGCGAUCGAUGACGUGGCAUCCACCCUGCGUUGUUCAUAGCCCACCAAAGCAAGAAGCUUCUCUCUGAGCUGAAGCUCGCUUUCUUCUUCCUCUUCUUCUUCUUCGGCGCCUGGCUAGGGUUUCUGGGGGUUCCUUUCUCUGUUCCUAACCAGUUGACUGCGCAAAAUCUACGGGCAAUUCCACCCUAAAGGGUCACCGUCUGAAUCCGCAGUUUCAUCGGCGUCUUCUCCGACGCAUUUCGUCGCCUAGAGCCCCUUCGAUUUCUGCGAAAUUCGCAGCUUCCCGCGCCAAGCUCAAGUCUUUUUCUUUUCUUUAAGCUGAGCUUCGUUCAUGGCCAAGACGAAACCCGGAAGGAAGGACGUCGACUCGUACAAAAUCAAAGGCACCAAUAAAGUCGUCCGACGUAACGCCCCUCUCUCUCUGUCGCCCUCAUUAUUGCUUAACUUCUUCCCUCUCUCUGAUUGCUUCUUACGAGAAGAAGAUUGCACGAAAUCGUUGCGAAUCUGGUGAUUGUGUGCUGAUGCGCCCGUCGGCGUCCGACGAGCCCCCUUAUGUGGCGCGGGUGGAGAAAAUCGAAGCCGAUCAUCGGAACGAUGUUAAAGUUCGCGUGCGGUGGUAUUAUCGUCCGGAGGAGGCGGUUGGAGGGCGCAGGCAGUUCCACGGGGCAAAGGAGCUAUUUCUUUCUGAUCACUAUGAUGUGCAGAGCGCGCACACCAUAGAAGGGAAGUGCACUGUGCACACGUUCAAGGACUACACGAAGCUCGAGGAUGUUGGGGCUGAGGAUUACUUCUAUAGGUUCGAGUACACGGCCGCAACUGGUGGGUUCACACCAGACGGAGUGGCCGUGUAUUGCAAGUGCGAAAUGCCUUAUAACCCUGAUGACCUAAUGGUUCAAUGCGAAGGAUGCAAGGACUGGUUUCAUCCUUCUUGUAUUGCGAUGACAAUUGAAGAUGCAAAGAAGUUGGAUCGGUUCUUGUGUGCUGACUGCUCGCCUGAUGAUCAUGCCAACAGAUCACUGAAUGACUUCCCUGUAUCGGCAUCUAUUGAAACUAAGGUCUCCCCCGCCUGCCUUCCCCUUGUCGUGCCAUGCACUGGCAAAGUGGCAAGUGCAUGUGAGAGGGAUGGGGAGCCUAAGCGACGGAAAAGAUGACAAAUUGACCACAUUGUGAACAGUUAAUGGACGCCUAGUUUCUCGUCAUCAAGCUUCACUGUCUUUUGUUGUGAAACUGUACAGUGCAGAGAAGAAGACCCUGCUUGCGCAGAGUUGAGCCUCUUCAUGGUGUUAGAUAUCUCCGUGUGUGCUAGACUUAGGAUGUGUCUGUUUCAUGUUCGCCCCUAUGGGUGGCCUGAAAAGCGAGUUCAUCCUUCUUUAGAGCCAAUAUGUAUAUAUGCUGUAGUUGGAUGACUCUUGAACUAUCUUAUGUUAGAUUCAUUUUGUUUGUCUUGGGCUAAAGAUUCAGCUGUAUUUGCUGUGCUCGUUUAAGUUUCUUUCGCUUGAAUAAUGUCAUAACGGGGCGAAAGGGGAAUAGUGAUAGUUAUCGUAAGAAGUUUGCCUGGAGGC